AUGAAAGUAUACAAACAUAGAGAAGCCAAUUGCUCAUUUUUGUUUUCAGAUGUAACAUGCGCCGGAUUCACUGGUUACGACACUACAAGAAAACUGAUUGUUCUCUCAAUUCGUGGAUCACAUGGAGUUCAUCAGUAUUAUGAUUUGUGGAAAGUCGGAAAUGAAAACGGAACAGUACCUUUUCUGGGCGUUGGAAGAGUCACGAAGGUGUUUCAUGAUAAUUUCGAGUCGCUUUGGUACGGUGGAUUAGGAGAGGAUACACAGGUGGAUCGCGAGGAACGUUAUAUGGGAUCGCGCGGUGCCGUAUAUGCUCGCAAUACGAAACAUAUAGGGGCGCAUCGUGCGAGCAUAUAG